UGACAUUUGCUAUAAGUAGAAAGACCUCCACUCUCAGCACAGCGUAGAAGGGAAAGGGAAUCCAUGGAAGACCCUAAAACUGCAGCACCCCCAACUCAGAAUUCUUCUUCUCAGCAACCUAUGAACAGUAGAAAGAGGCCACUUGACACCUCCAAAUUGCACAACACCCCUUAUUACAAGAUGAGACACAUUGUUAAAGAUCUCAGACCCCAUGUUAUUGAGGUUCUCCGGACGCCGGACUUCCGGAAUUGCAAGGCUGCUACUGAAAUUCGUCAACAGUUAAAUCUUCUGAUGGAUCUUUACAAGGAAAUGAUGACUGAAACGGUAAAUCCAGAGGCGGCUAAGGAUGCACCGGGAGCUCAGCCUAUGUCCGUGGAUAUCAAGGACGGAGAAAAGCCUAGCGAGCAGCAGAAAGACAUGAAGCCUCCAGAAAAUGGGACAUCUGCAAAAACUGAAGCGAAUUCAUCUCAGAAACACCAAGCUGGAGAUGGUGUUGUCCAAGGCACAUAUGUCGUUGGAGGAUCAGCAUUUGGUUGGAACUUUAUAACAUACACCAGCGGGCAGGCCAUCUAUUAUGGACGAACUAAAGAGUCCUUCCGAUCUGCAAAUGUUAAAUCUGAAUAAAGUUCCUUAAGUACACUUACAACACUCUAUUUUUGGGAUUACAAUGGUUUGAUGUGUGUGUACUAUAAUAGAUUGGAAUAUUUGGCACUACAAAAGUUCAGGCUUCAGAGUUAGUCCUAUGCGGCUGCUAUAGCCUAUUACAACCUGCAACCUCUCUUUCUAUCUUCUUGUAUGUACUGAGUAUGACUGCUGGUUCGUCUGUGGAGAAGGGAAAACGAAGUUCUUUUAA